AUGCCUGUCCAAUGGAUACGAGAUAGCUUCCUCGGCCAGACUUUGCGUCUAAUCUGUCGACCAUCCUGUUUGGCGUAUGCCGAAGAGCAAGAAGGCUGGAUAGAUACUGUCGAGAUGAAACCCCUACCGCUUAGCAACGAAAAAAUCAUUUGCGUGGAAUGGUAUUCUGCCGAUGACGAAGAGAACCCCCAUAACUGGUCUCAAUUUAAGAAAGCAUAUAUCCUUGGUGUCAUUGGUGCGUACAGCUUUGUGGUCUACAUGUCCGCACCAAUCUACACACCGAGCGAAAAUGCCUUCAUCGAGGAAUAUCAUGUGAACAAAGCCGAAUCAUCCCUAGGACUCGCUCUUUACGUUCUAGGUUACGGUGCAGGCCCCAUGUUCUUCAGUCCCCUCAGUGAGAUCCCGCGUAUAGGCCGUAGCCUCCCAUACGUUAUAUCCUUCAUCUUUUACUGCAUAUUAAGCAUACCCACGGCUUUGAGCCCUUCCGCUACUGGCUUCUACGUUCUUCGCUUCCUCCAAGGAUUCUUCGGAAGCCCUUGUCUCGCUACUGGUGGCGCCUCAAUUGCGGACAUUUAUUCCUCCGAUGUAUUGCCUCAUGCAAUGACGACCUGGGUACUGUCUGUCUUUUGUGCACCUGCUAUUGGUGUGUUAGUGGCUGGGUUUGCCAUCCCAGUUCUUGGAUGGCGGUUCUCAAUGUGGGAGAUCCUGAUCGCCUCUGCUCCAAUCCUCAUCCUCCUUCUACUCCUCCCCGAAACUAGCUCAGCUACAAUCUUACAUCGCCGUGCCCGUUGCUUGGAAAAGAACAACAAACCCGGAACACACAAAUACCAGACAGUGGCUGAUAUCCGUCAAGGAGAUACGUCCUUCCAUGCUGUCCUCCGAGAGUCGCUACUCAUCCCCUCAAAAAUCACCCUUCUGGACCCGGCCAUCCUAUUCCUGAACUGCUACACCUCUCUCACGUACGGCAUUUACUACUCCUUCUUCGAAGCCUUCCCAAUAGUAUACCAAGGAAUAUACGGUUUCAACCUAGGAGAAAUGGGAGUCGCUUUCCUCGCCAUUGUGGUUGGAUCGAUCAUUUCCUUCCUCGUCUACAACUUCUACAUCCACCGCGUCUAUGCGCCAACUGUACGAAGCAGUGGUCUUAAAAAGCCUGAGGAUGUCUUGGUGCCCGCUCUUUUUGCAUGCUUUGGGCCGUCUAUUGGGCUUUUCCUCUUUGGCUGGGCGGCCAGAUCUGAUGUCCAUUGGAUUGUCCCUACCAUCGGCAUUGUCAUCUACCCCGGAUGUGUCUUCAUUAUAAUGCAGUGUGUGUUUCUGUAUAUACCUGCUUGUCAUCCACACUAUGCGGCGAGUGUCUUUGCUGCCACUGACUUUACUCGAAGUGCUUUUGCCUGUGGUUCUGUGAUGUUCUCGCGGCCACUCUACGAGAAUUUGGGUUUGGGUCCAGGGUGCAGUCUCUUGGCUGGGUUAACUAUUGGCUGUGUGGUCGGGAUUCAUGUCCUGUAUCGCUAUGGGGAGGCAUUGCGGCGGAGGUCGAAGUUCAGUCGCGAGAUUUGA